AUGAGCGGCGCUGCGGUUUCUGAGAAGGGACACUUCGUUGUCGGCCUCGAUAUCUCUAAACACAUGCUAGAGGAGGCCCGCGAUCAGAACAACUUGGAGAUGGCUGAUGCGCUCCUUGCAGACUUCGGCAAACCUUUUUACUUCCGCCCCGGCGCCUUUGACGGGGCAAUCUCUAUUAGUGCUAUUCAGUGGCUCUGCUCAGAUAUUAAGUCUGAUUGCUGCUCAGCAGCAGGUGCAACAGCAGCAGCAACAGCAGCAGAAGCUUCUUCGGGAGACUCUAACACCUCAGAAGAAGAUAUGGACGAGGACAGGCACUCCGACAGCGAGCAGCAGCAGCAGCAGCAGUUGCUGCUGCGGCAGCAGCGAAAACCUGCUCUCCCAGCCACAGCAUACAGGAGACAGAGUUGUUUCUUUCAACAUCUUGCACGGUCUCUAAAGCCCGGAGCGCGAGCUGCGCUGCAGUUUUAUCCUGAGAGUGCGGAGCAGCUAGAGAGUUUGACUUCAGCUGCUCUGCGCAGCGGCUUCGAAGGCGGCCUCGUGGUGGACUACCCCAACUCUACUAAGGCCAAAAAGUACUUUAUGUGUCUGUGGCUUCCGGGAGGCAACAGCAGAAGGACGCAGCAGCUACCGAAGGCCCUUGGAACGUCUGCGAUCAUUAAUGCUGGAAGAGAGCGGCCGAUGGUGUCUGCACGUCGUGUGAAGAAGCAAAUAUCGAAGAAGGAAUUUAUUCAGAGAAAGAAAGAGCAGCAAAUCAAAAAGGGCAAGAAAGUCCGCCCCGAGUCGAAGUACUCCGGGAGGAAGCGCAAAGACAAAUUUUGA